UAAGUUACGCCAUUAUAUUCCGAUCUGGUCAUUUUACCUUGACAUUGUAAAAUUGGACAGAUAUGUAGAUAAGCGGUUUGGUGGUUUAGUUAAAGAUUUUACUGGGGUUUAACCGAACUUGGGUUGGGUUUGUGGCUGAAGAGGAUAGUGAGAUAGUGGUAUUGGAUACGAUGAUUUUUCAUGUUUUGCAGGUGUGUAGCCUGAUGACCGUUUUAGUCAGCGGGCAAAGGUGGUCGAAAGCCAUACAAUCAUUUCAGCCAAGGAUCGGAUAUUCUACUAAUAUAGUUCAUACUAAGGCGGGAUCAAACGACUUAAAUGCAGAAAGUUCUAUUAACGUAAAUUUUCCAUUUUUAAAAGAAAAGGCGCCCACUAAGUAUACUCAAGUCUAUGCCGGUAGUCGUAAUGCUCCGAAUGCACAAAAUGCCAAUUUUUUCAAAGUGGGUUAUAAUCUUAAGUUCAAUGAUAAUAACUUUAAUAAGAAGUUAAAGGAGCAUGCACCAAAAACCCAUAAAAAGUUUGAAAAUGCUGAAGUGAUAACAGGAAGGCAGAAGAAAAACGAAAAGGUACGAGCCCCUAUGAUCAAUACUGAUCUGGCUCCAGAGGAUUUCGUGUCCAAUGCUUAUUUACGUCAGCUGCAAAUGUCUGAAGCUCAUAAGCAAUAUUCACCUCCAAUAGUUCAUAAAUUUUCACCACCAAAAACAAGAUCUUAUACCUACAGCCAGCAAGAUAUAUCUAGGCCACAAGUUCAAACUAAUUCAGCACAAGAACAAGCAAACUUGCCCCAGAAAUACACAAGAACACCAACAACAGCUACAGCUUAUAAUUAUAAUAUCCAGAAGGCUUCAAAAGCAGUCCAAACCAGUGUAGUGCCACAACAAUAUACUGGAAAUAAUUACCAGACAUUUAACCAUGACGUAGCAUUAAAAAAUAGCGAAUCAUUUGAUUUUAGUAACGCUCAUGGUGACAUUAACAUUGGUGAUAAUGCCCUUGCAGCUUCAGAACAUUACAGUCAAACUUUUAAGCACAAUGAAGAGUCACCUACCAAUGCAGUAACUGAUAUAAAUAACAUUAAAUUGGAAGAUCACAUUCCAAAAAGCUUUAAAGGAGUUAAACCAUUACCUUUGGACACCAGUUUGCUAAAAGAUCCAAUUCUAACCACUGAUUUGAAUAAUGCCCCAAAGACCACCAAUGAUCAAAUCAUCCCGAUCCACUUUGAUGUCAGAUCGAUUCAAGCAGCUAUGCAAAAUGAAAUUGGAAAAUUGCAUCAAAGUUAUUAUCAACAAAAUCCAUAUAUCACCAAGGCGCAGAACACUUUGAUGAAUGAGGAUAAUGCUGGGUCAUACAGUAAUAAUUUUAGAACUUAUGGCCAGCCAGAACCGAUUGACGCAAGUCAGUAUCGAGCAGGUUGGAAGAAUAACUAUGAAGAAGAUAUUUAUAAUAUUGUGUCGAUGAGGCCGCCGCCUAUUGGCCCAAAUAUGCGAUAUUGAGAAGUUUUGUGACAUCUGGGGCUUUCACUAUGAGCAUAUGUUACUUAGAUCAUGUCUUGAUAAUGAUUACGGUAUAUUAGUUUAUGUAGACUGAAUAAUUUUUAUGUUGUUAUUUAUUUCUAGUCGUAAAUUCGUUUAUUUUCUGUUGUUGUAAGAUGAAACUUAUAUAAUAAGAGGAAAGUGUAGAUUUAUGAGUUUUUUAGAUUGUCAGGCUGGAUAUCUAUUAGUAAUUAGCAAUCUGUUGUUCAAAGCAUAAGACUGGUUAACUGACAUUUUUGUCAAAAUUAAGUUUUUUAUAACAAUGGAUUCGUUAUCGAAUUAUAUGUCCCUAUUCUUUUCAUUUUACAAAAAACAUUAUUGGUGCAAAGUCUACUAUGCAUCAAUACAAGAGAAUCAAUACAAAAUGAAGUAGUAAAGCUUGCUUUUCUCGGAUUUAACUUAAAUGAAGUUAGCCAUUUUUACUCUUUGCAAGGCAGUAAUAAGGAAUAAUUUGAGAUGAAUCAAAGAUGAUAUACUUUUAAUUUUAUUUUAUUUUCACUGCAAAAAAAUGUUCUUUUUAAUAAGUAUGUGAAAUAUACAAUUUUAAUUAAACUCUAAGUACAUGUCGUGCAUCAUAAGGUAAUAUAAAUAUCGCCAUAUGAUGCACGGAUGGAUACAUUACAAAGAAUUUUUUUUAGCAAGUCGCAUGACCUCUAUACUUGUUUACCGUUCGUGCGCCAUAGCAACUUUAUAAUUUACAAGAGCGUAAAAAGCAUGGCCUAGUGAACUAGAAGUUUUGUUGUUUAAUGUCUUAAUUUUAAUCUAAAAAAUCUAAGUACAGUCAUUGGAACUAACUAAUAUAUUAGGUCGUUUUGUACCUAAAAAAUGUUUGCUUAGUGGCAAUUAGCGUAUUAAAUUACUUUAGAUUUUCUUUUAUUCGUAAAAACUGCAAAAUUAAGAAAAAAUGUGUUUAAGAAGACUUUAUUUUAAAAUAUACUAUAUAUAUAUAAAUAUUUUAAUUGAAAAAAAACUGGUACAUGUAGUUACAAAAAUAUUUUUUAUAAAACACUUUGACUAUAGUUUUACAUGUAAUGAUCAUUACACAAUAAAUAUUUUAUUUAUAUUA